UCUCUCCUCUGCUUUUCGAAAAACCACAUUUUCUAUUCAUCUAGCUUUACAAUAUUUCAUCUUGAGCCCUGAUCUUGUAUUCUCUUUAGUAGCCUACAAAUUUUGCUGAAAAUUCAACAACCCAAAAAGCCCCUUCAGUGUACUGGGCGUGUGUGACAAGGUAUCAGUUCUUAUGAUCAAAAAGUUUGCUCUUUUUUAGGGUUCAGUUGGGGUUUCUGCCUCCUUCAUCCUUUCUCCUUGUAGGGGUUUAUUUUCUCUAUGCUUUUCUGAAGAGGCCAUUUUCUUGGCCAAGUAACUAAAUUGGUUUUCAUUUGCGGAGAAAGAGUAUUUCCUUUGGGGUUUCGUCUCUUUCCUCUUGCUUGUUGUUUCUGAAUUUUGCUCCUCAGUGCAAAAUUGUGGUGUUAAUAGCCUCAAUGCUGAACUUGAGCAAAUCCCAUUUUGUCAUUUUCACCCGCACCGCUUCUGUACAACCUAUGGGUUCAUUGCAUCUUCGUCAGUUUCUUUUAGGAAUUUAAUCGAACAUCUGGUCUACACUUUGAGCUCUCCCCCUCUUUGUCACUCUCUCUGUGCCUUUGUGUGUAUAAGCUGUUUUUAAUCAUGGGUUGUGUUCAUGGCAAGUGUUGUGGUCGCUACCCCUCAUCAUCAGAUGUUGAUUCCAGAGACUACAAGGAAGUGGCCAGUCGCAAGAACAGAUCCCGCAUUACGCAAAUACCAUUGGAGCAUGUUGCUGUUCCAUCUCACAACUUCAAUUUGCAGUACUCCUUCUUAACACAGCCUGGUUAUUACCCAGAUGAUCCUGACAAGUUAAACCAGGAUAGUUUCUGCAUCAAGACGAAACUUCAAGGUAACCCAAAUAUCCAUUUCUUUGGGGUAUUUGAUGGGCAUGGCCAAUUUGGUACUCAGUGUUCGAAUUUUGUGAAGGAUAGGCUUGUAGAGAUAUUAGCCAGUGACCCCACGUUGGCAGAUGAUCCUGUGAAAGCUUAUAGUUCAGCCUUUAUGACAAUGAACCAAGAGUUGCAUAAUAGCGAGAUUGAUGAUUCAAUGAGUGGUACCACUGCAAUUACUGUUCUUGUUAUUGGGGAUACCCUUUAUGUGGCAAAUGUGGGUGAUUCGAGGGCAGUAAUUGCUGUUAAGGAUGGAAAUCAAAUUUUGGCAGAGAAUCUGUCUUAUGAUCAAACGCCUUUUAGGAAAGACGAAUGUGAGAGAGUGAAGCUCUGUGGAGCCAGGGUUUUGAGUGUUGAUCAAGUGGAAGGACUCAAGGAUCCGGAAAUUCAGAGUUGGGGUGAUGAAGAGAGUCAAGGUGGUGAUCCACCGAGGUUGUGGGUUCAGAAUGGAAUGUACCCAGGGACUGCAUUCACCAGGAGUGUGGGAGAUAGCACAGCAGAGAAGAUUGGCGUUGUUGCUGAUCCUGAAGUGUCAACCGUUCAGGUUACACCUAAUCAUUUAUUCUUCAUCAUUGCAAGUGAUGGAGUUUUUGAGUUUCUCUCCAGCCAAGCUGUUGUCAACAUGGCAGCAAGAUAUUCAGAUCCCCGGGAAGCAUGCUCAGCAAUUGCUGCAGAAUCCUACAAACUAUGGUUGGAGCACGAAAACCGGACUGAUGAUAUUACAAUCAUAAUUGUACACAUUAAAGACUUGUCUAAUUCAAGUGCUGGUGUCACAGAUGGAAGAACAACUCGUAGAUCCAACAAGGGAACUGACUCCCCUGUCUCUUGGUCAGAACAUUACGGUUUGGUUGGAAGUGAUGUCUCAGAUCAACAGCAGCCUUAUCAGCUCAGUGUUGCCACGAACCGAUCCGAAGCUGUUAUUGUUCCCUCUCCAGCAAGUCAGAGGCCCUCAGAAAGCUCUGUUUUGCAGGAUGUGGGUUAGUGGUGCAUUUCACUGGAAGCAAGGAGACUUGUUUACACAGGCAUGGUUUCGACAUUCACCCAUUAAUCCUACCUGUAACACCAUUACCAACCACAUAAAUUCAUGCAGGUUUAAGAAGAACAAACAGCUCUCCUAGCCUCUGCAUUGUGCCUACUAAUUCAAAUUUUCAAACAAGAAGAGGAGCUCAAGUCAAAGAAUAUUCCACUGUGAGAUGGUUGAACUGAAAAUUGAAGGUAUGUUUUCCAAAUCAAAUUCUCACGUACCCUUCUUGUUUGUCAGCUCUAAAUCUCGACUAUGCACAGACCUUAAUUUGUGUUCUAGCUACUUUGGUUGUGAACUACGUUUCCAAACAGGUUCCACAAUUUGUAUAAACAUGUUGAUUUGAAUGUAAUUGUAUCUUGCUGUCUCCAGAGUCAACUUUUUUUUAUCUUGCUUUGUAAGCGAAAACAUGUCCAAUGAUGUUUAAUAC